AUGUGCAUCGCAUUAAUCUCAACGGCGCAUCCUGCAUACUCAUUGAUCGUGAUAAAUAACAGAGAUGAAUUCCUGCAUCGCCCUACGUCAUCUCCAGACUGGUGGCCGGAGCCUUCCUCGCAUGUCCUCGGCUCACGCGACCUAGCCAGAUCUACACAUGGAACCUGGAUGGGCGUCACAAAGUAUGGCAAAAUUGCUAUACUCACCAACUACCGUGAAGACAAGGCUAGCGAAGCCAUCGGAGUCUACAGCCGUGGAUUGAUCGUCAACAGCUGGCUGACCGGACCGAUAGACAAGCAAGAAGCCACUCGGGAAUUUGUUCGAGCCAUCGUCGCCAGCCCCGAAGCCAAGCAAGUGGGUGGCUUCAGCCUUGUAUGUGGACACAUUAACGAGCCGUUGGCUAUCGUCUCCAACCGCUCGUCCGACAUGGAUCAUAUCACAUGGGUUGCCACAGAGAAGGACCAGACUCGUGGGCUCAGCAAUACCAGUGUUGAUGAUAGGACCUGGCCAAAGAUUCUAGAUGGAGAGAGACUCAUGGAGGCUGCAAUUCAGGACCAUGUGUCAAAUCAAACAGAGGACGAGGAUGCUUUGAUUGAACAAUUACUACAGGUUCUCAGCACUGAUACGUUGCCACGACUUUCACAGGGCGCAACUCUCGAUACAUAUAUUCAGCAUCUGCGUGAGAGCAUCUUCAUCCCCGUCAUCGGAGACACAAACGAGCAUGAGCAAGCUGCAGACACUCCAGCCAACGGAUCUCUGGACAAAAACUAUACGUCUGGGAUAUAUGGAACACAGAAGCAGACUGUCCUCCUGGCACGACUAGACGGGCGAGUGCGAUACUUUGAAAGGACGCUGUAUGACAACGAUGCUAAGGCUGUACCACUCGGACAAGGCGAUAAUUCAUUUGAAUUUAUCAUUCAGUAG